AUGCCCAAGAAAUUUUCUUAUAAUUUAUACAUAAUGAGUGAUGUUCUUAGAGAUAUCAAGUUAAAAUGUCUCAACUGGCAAACAAAAUCUAAUCUAGCGGUUUGGUUGUCUUUGUUUUUUUUUUGCUCGAUACGGUUACAGUAA